UUGAACGGUGUUACCCGAAAAGCGUUUGAGUUUGUUUGAUGCUAAAACUUUGAACAUUGAUAAAUUUCAAAAUAAGAAUUCAUCAAAAUAAAUAUCAUAGCUUUUGUUGUGUACUUUUGAAAGCAAUUGUCACAUAUGCAUAUAUAGCUGUGUGUGUGAAUAAUAGUUUGAUAACCGGCAUUUUGUAAGAAACACCAAAAACGCCCCUACUAUUUAAUUUUUCGUAAUUUCGUUUUGUGUUUUUCCACUUUCGCACUGUUCUUCCGUUCGUAAAUAUUUACGCCAGAGAACGUAACUGAUUUAUUAUACGGCCUUUACUUAUGCCUGGAUCAAAGAACGUAAUUCUCUGUUCUCUGUUGACAGUGUAUUUUACCAGAGCAUGUAAAUAUUAUAUAAUUUCUGAUUUUAUCAGGCAUCACGUAGGAUAAAUCAAGGGAUAUAAACGGAAAAUCUGCUUUGUAAUAUAUAAUUUCUUGGAUAACUCUAAUUUCUAAAACAAUUUUGAAUGUUAAAUAAAUACUACUGUACGAUUUCGUCCCAUUUUGACAGAUCGCUCAGCUGUUUCGUCGCAGCGUUAAUUUUAUUAAGGGCGGCGUUAAAUUGUAACAGUAUCCGGCGCAGUAGUUUGGACUGUCGACAACGCGGAUUUAACGCAAAAUUGUGAACGAAGAUGAAAACAAAUCAAAAACAUAUUUUUUAUUAUGUUUCGGUGCAAAUUGUUUAAGACUAAUGAUAUUUGGUGCGUAAGGAAAGUUGCAACAUGAAAUUUAAAAAUACAAAUAGUGAAAUAGAAUAUUCUUAACACGUCAAAUGGAUGGUGAUAUAUUGAAAUGUCUGCAUAUAUGCUUCCACAUAUGUAUGUGGAGGAACGGAAACGGGUGAAAAAAGCUGGAGGAGAUAGAGCAAAGAGUAGCGAACAAAAGAAGUAGCUAGAAACUCGUCCAAAGUAGAAGAGGUAGAAAGCGUAGCGAUAGUAAUAACUAUAAAAAUAAAUAUGUGUAUAUUAUACCUGUUAACUAGAAGAGGUGGAGGAUCUGCGGAAGAAGGAAAGAGUGUAAAAGGAAUUGAAAUUGACGCAAUAAACGAACAAACUACGAGAGCAAGUGAAUGAAAAGCUGCAGAUAAAUGGAUGGCAAUUACAAGAGAAUCAAAGAAUUCUCUGCCGAAUUGGAAGAUAAAAUAUGUGCAAAUAGUAUUUUAUUAGUUCUUACUAAACGAAAUUGGAAUAGUGCAUAAUAUAAAAGCAUAAAAAGAUAUACUAGUGUAACACGCUAAGUAAUUUCAACGAAAAGGAGCCAAUAGAGUGGCUGUGCAAUAGUAGUGAGUGCAGUGCAGUAUUGUGUCGCCGUAUCUGUGUGUGGUUGGGCGUGUUUAUGUGUAUGUGUAACCGAGAAUACGGGUAAAGGCAAAAGUGAAAACUUGCUUUUUUGUCGUAGUCGUUGUUGCCAUCAUCGUUGUUCGUUGUCGUUGCUGUAUAUUUUAGCAUUUUUCGCGACGGCAAAACUACGAAUGUAUUUAGCUAACCAGCCAACCAACCAAAUACCUUGCUAUCCAGUUUUGGCCGCGGCUUUAUAUUCAGCAAUAAAAAGAUAAAGUCAAAUUCCUGGAACUCGAUUUCGCGAAAUUGAAAGGUACGCGCGUGUUUUUCGCACAUUCUACACCAAAAUUUUUAAGACGAUAUUGUGGUCGUUCAGGACUGAUUUGAAAAUAUAAUAGUUAUUACUUUAAAGUGUUUGGAAAGGUUAAAUAGUGAUACUUAUGCGAGUGAAUUGGAAACGCUCCAAAGUUUUAUUUGCACCAAGGGGGGCCGUUCGACCAACCAUCGGCUUUGCCACCGCAGCGCGAAACCACAGAGGCGGGAUUAUGUCAUUUUAUAUGUGGCUGCUUAUUGUGUGUGUUUGUAAAAUUCCAUCUAAUUAAUAAAUCGGAAAGCGAUGAAGCGCCACAACGAAUCAAAAUCAUUAAAUGAAUAUACCAUGUAGGUACAUAGAUACAUUUUCUUUAAAUCUACAGUGUUAAAGUAAUGACACAAGCUUUCAAAAUGUACUAAUUUAGUUGCAAUGAGUAAAGUAUAUACAACUUCAAAAGAAAAAAUAAGAAUAGUGCGUUAAAACUUGGCAUUGCAAAAAUGUAUUCAGUGGAUUUGCGUCGCAACUCUGUCGCUGGCGACGUACUUCGCAAAUAUUUUCAUACUAGUUAGAGCUUUGAGAAAUCAACAAAAUACAACUUACCGACGGCAAAUCAUUUGUGAUGAAUCACUUUGUAUGCCUUUUCGCUACCCUGGCUGGCGGUUUUUAAUAUUAAAAAUUUAAUUUGAAUUAAUAAAUAAGUUUAGAAUAUAAUUUGCUGGCAAUUAAAUGGCAACAUUCAGUGGGCACAGCGCUACCACCGCUACGGAUUUGUUGGGAUCCUCGGUAGCAGUCGCUGCUGCAACAGAGCAUUACGAACGCAGUACAUCUGCGGCUACUACAACAUUUUUGCUCCCGUCCACAGCAACCCCCAACGGUACACCGUUGCAUUUAGAUCCCUUUAGUCUAGCUGGUGGUCCUCACUUCGUCACAACCACUACAUCACCAUUGGGUGGUGCAAAUAUAGCUCAUCACCAUCAUCAACCGCAUCAACAGCAACAUCACCAUCACCAACAAACUAAUUCCACUUCAACCAGUUAUACAUUCGUACAAAUUAAACGCGAACCUUGCCAAGUUUCGGAGGUCACCUCAGCCAAUUGUCAUCAAACCCAACAGCAACAGCAUCAUCAACAGCAUCACGUAUCUACAUCAUCGACAGGUGGUAGUGGUAUUGGUAUUGGUGUUGGCAUGGGCGUUGGAGUAGCUUCAUCAACAUCCAGUUGUUCUGCUUCCAUAUCAGCUGCUUCCAAAACAAUGUCAUCAUCGUCUACGCUAACAACGCUAGUGAAGAUUGAGGCUUCCUCACCGAAGGUGAACGAAAUGGAUAAAACAGCCGCUGUUAAUACACUUGCCACAGCGUCAACAGUAUCCGGCACAAAUAAUGCAGUACCUAUUGGUAUUGCAGUGGCGCGUAAGCGGCCACAGGAAACGCCGGGCGCACUCACUAAUACGGCAGCAAUUCCAGUACAACAGACGCUUAACAAAGAUAUGAACUGCUUUGGCAUACGGGUUGCUGAUUUGGGUGGUGUUGGCACUGGCUGCAGCAAUAUUUAUUUUACUGGCAACGGUGACUUAGUGGCGGGCUCGGCGACUGCAGAAGAGUUGGCGCUCAGCGCUGCUGGCGUGCAGAGUGUAAAUCGCGCGCCAUCAACAUUUUGGCAGUAUCAAAAUGCGCUACCAAUCGAAUCAGUGAUAUCUAUGUCUCCGGCCACAGUGGGUUUGCAGUAUUCACGGGACGCAAGUCGCAGUCAAGUGGUGCUUUUACCGGCUACACCAGCCACUUUAGGCAUAUCAAAUUUUCCAUUCUAUACACCCACAGAUCCGUUCCAACAGGCGGCGGCUUUUGUUUGGCCAUCGUACAUACCACAGAGUACAACGUCGGCCUCAGCCGCUGCGGCAGCCACCCUACAGCCGCCGCCCAAUUUCAUAUUCAAUUCAAUGAGCCCACACUCAACGCUGCAACCGCAACCGUACGCCACAUCUCUACAACUCUUCGGCUCUAAUUACUUAACCGCAGCUGCCGCAGCGGCCGCUGCAGCCGCAGCCACCUCGACAUUGUGUCAACACAAUCAACAACAAACGAAUACGCAGCAAACCACAAGUUCAAUCAAUUUGAGUUUGUCAGGUCCGGGCUCUGUGCCAUCGAAUGCCAACGGCGUGGGCGGCAGCGGUCUCAAUGCCAACAAUAGUGGCCCAAGUAGCCGAUUUCUAGGGUUGGCAUCCGCUGGCGCACCUGCUUCCGCCAUAUUCGAUGCAUCGAAAUCACAAAAAACACUGCAGCCUACGUUGACGCUAUCACAACCCGUGCCGCCACCGUCCACAGCUUCGUUGCCACCGCCGCCUUCACUAAUCCUCCCACCAACCGCCAUGAAGAUCGAAGAAUGGAGUGCUACAGAUUUCAUGGCAGCUGCUGCAGCAGCGAGCAAAACCAGCCAUCCUACAAUGGGCUCGACGCCAGGAGCGGCAGCUCAUCCGAUCGCAUUAAACUUCGAUAGUCGCGGUAAAACGACUACAAGCACAACGAAUUUGUUGGAUUUCCACAAUGCCGCUGCGGCUGCUGCGAAUGCGCAAGCAUUGAAUUUAAUGCGUUUGCCAACUCCGCCAACUUCGGCAACCAUGGAGACAGCAGCUGCUGCUGGUGGUGGCGGGCAACAAUUGCCACCACAAAUACUAUUCCAGACCACAUCCUCUCCCUCGCCGGCCUUACUCAAUUUGUCGGCGUCACUGCAGCGCAGUGCGAAUGGCAGUGUGGGCGCUGGCACUACAACCGUCACGCCCACGGGAAUCUUUAUCAAUGGUGCGGCCGGGGCAGCGACGCCGUCGGCACUCUCAACCGCUAUCGGUCCUCCAACGCCUCUGGGCGACGAAGGAACAGCUAUGAAUUUUAAAACAAGCCCCCUGGAAGCCUCUGCUCAACAGCACUCAAUGAGUAACAUUGUGGUGGGAGUACCCCGGGCAAUUAAUAACAACGGACAGUCGGCGCAGUCAGGACCUCCACCACAGAUGCAGGAUGUAAAUAUACAAACUGAUACACCAGUGUGUAGCGAUGAUGAGAACUCUACGUGUCCACUUGCCAUACAACAACAGCAGCAGCAACAUCAACUGCAACUGCAGGCGCAUGCGAGCUCGGCGAAUUCGCCGAGCUACAUGAACGAUGACGAUGGAAUUCAACCUCUGGAGCUGACAAAGCAAACCUAUCAAGGUGGUAGUCAAAAUGGUCCCCAAGGUGCUGGAUCACCAUUGGCAACUGCGCCAACAUCAAACGUACCAACAACGACAACAACAGAAACAAAUAAAAUUGUGUGCCAUAAUGAAAUGGAUGCACCACCGGCAAGCGGAGAAGCCGAAUAUCAUGAUGCCAUAUCACAACCGCCCCAAUUAUCGUCUCCAAUGAAGUCGUCAGCGGGCGAAACAGUGUCAUUGCUUCCAGUGACCGAACCAGUAAAUUAUAGUGAGCAUCAGCAACAAUCUGGACCAGAAGAUCUAACCGGACUUGAAUUGCUUUCUAACAUCAGCACGAGCACACUAGCUAGUAAAGGAAUUGGUGUGGGCGUUGGCAUGACAAUAGUGCGUGUGAAGCAGGAACCGUUAGACCAUACAGACGUGCCCGUCUCGUCCAUGACCGAUGCAAUGCCGACUCCAUCAGCCAUGCCCUCGGUACCGUUACAAAUGUCACAAUUCAAUUCUCAGCUCUCUGAAGCAUCGCAACCGAUCUCAGACCGCUGUGACUCCUGUGUGCCCAGAGAGGCUGAUAUGCAGAGAGCACCAACACCACUCACAUUACUACCCGCCGCAGAUGCCACCACAACAUCACCUAACUUGCCUGCUACCAUUGUAGAGCCGUUAGGUGGGCUGAAUCUACUUUGUGCUCUUGUUGAGCAGCGUAUUCAAGAAGAAGGUCAAAUAAGCAGGGGAAAUUUGUUUGGUACGAGUGAGUCGCCGCGACCGCCGUCACGAUCUAAUUCAACAUUCGGGUGCCAUCCAAUGCCACAACUACAAAAUCUUUCUCAACUGGCUCAGCCACAACAGUCUCCGAAUCGUUUAGAACAGUCUUCCUUUCCCUCCAUGGAAGGCAUUGAGUUGCCGUCAACGAGUGGACUUGGGCUUGGCAUAGGAGGCAGUAGCGAACAGCCAGUAAAGCGCAAGAAGCACAAACAUUCCAAAUCAUCAAAGUCAAGCUCGUCAUCUACAUUGGCUGGUGUUUCCAAGAAGUCACAGCGUUGUUCGAAGAAGAGCAAGAAGAAAUAUGCCAAGGAAAAGCGCAAGCACAAGCAACAGCAACAGCAAUUGCUGGCGUCUGCAGCUGCGGCGGCUGCAGCUUCCGUUGGUGCUUCCGAUGAUGUCGAUUUUGAGGAUGAGCAACUACAACAGGAACUGAAAGGUGCUCUCAACCGCCUCGAUCCCAGUUUGCAAUUACGUUUCGGCCAGUGGGCUAACGCACAAGAGAUAUUCGAGCUUAUGGAAACUGACAUGCGGAUACGCUUAGCAGAUAUCACCCGACAAUACCGCAAGAAAAAACGAAAGCUUGACGAGAUAUCUAAAAAUAAGAAGAAAAAGAAAUGCGCUAAAUUGCUUGCCGCACAACAACAACAACACCAACCUACACUAUCACUGACCUCCUUGAGUGCCGCUGGUGUCGGUAGUGGGCUAGCCUGCAGCACAACGGGCACAUCUCUUCCACUCUGUGAUUACAAGUUUCCGAAAUUCUCCACCAAUAGUGGCGUGGGUGUUGCUACAUCGACGCCGUACUUGAAUCGUUCCAGUUUUUCGCGUUUCGGUGAAAAGGCGCCUUCAGCGACUCCCACCCUACCACACGCACAAUUUCCUCCACCGGAAUGUGACAACUCCGAAGAUAACAAUACGCUUUCGGCCAGUAGUUCUACCGGUCCUUCCAUGGCGGUUUACAAACCGGUUCGACUCGGUCCCAGCGCACUGGCAGGCGCUGUUGCAGCAGCAUCUGUCGGUAUCGAUAUGAGAAAUGGCAGUACACCGCAUCGACAUGGACAGAAGCGCUCAUCAUCCGAAAAAUCUGCGAGUUCAGCAAUUGUGUGCAAAGAGCCAAAAUUGAUGGCUGGUAUAACUACUUCAUCAUCUUUACUCUCUUCCAAUAGACGAUUAAAAGACGGUCAAUCUUCUUCAGCCGAUGAGCAGUGUUCGCUACGAGUUUCAUCCCCGCUACCACAUAAAAUGGGAGCGAAUACUCAACAAGCGGGCGUCAAGCAAUCACUGGAGCAAAAGCCACAGAAAACGCAACCGCUAUCACAAUCCCAACAACAACAAUCUAGAAAAGCAAUAGAUCCGCGUGAUCAUCGAUUAGUGCUAACCAGUGAUCAUUUGUACCGCAAGGAGACACGCGUGUUAGCCGACAUGGGUGGACUAUUCUAUGCUGGCGUCAUGAAACCAUUGCAACCGCCUGAUGUCUAUGCGAUAACGUUGGAUGGCGAACGCGGAAAUAAAUCGCAUAUUAUGUCGCGCGAGGAAAUUUUCAAAGAUACGAUUCUGGAGGUGGCACCAAAAACCGUAGAGAGUGUACCUGUGGGCACGCGUCUUUGUGCCUAUUGGAGUCAACAGUACAGGUGUCUUUAUCCUGGGCGUGCUAUCGAGUCGGAAUCGUCUGACGAUGGUGAAACACCUAAUGAUUCAGUUAGUGUGGAAUUCGAUGAUGGCGACAGUGGGCGUAUACGUCUACAGAAUAUACGCUUCCUACUAAGUGAUUAUCCAAUAGUGGAGUACAACGAUAAUCCCCUCUACUCUUUAGGCAAGCACAAAAAGUCUGGCGCCACUGCGCGCUUAGCCAACGGCUCAGCCAGCAGUCAUAACUCAAACGAUGCUCAUGAAUACACUUCCACAUUUGCACUCUCCGAUGUGCCAGCUCCUGUACCAUUGGCAUGUGAUAGUGACCCACAAGCGCAGAGCGCUCAAGAAAUUAGCGCACAGAGGAAAGAGAAGAAACGUAUAAAGAGUUUGAAGAAAAAAUCACAAGCAGCAGCAGCCUUGGCAGCAAGCGUAAAUGCUAGUUCGAACGCAAAUUCGUCCGCAAUGACAGCCAACGCGACAACUGUGAAUGGCACAAGCGGCGCUGACGACACCGCCGAUUGCAACCGCAAACACCAUAAGCAUAAGAAACGCAAAAAGCACAAGAAACAUCAUCAUCGCAAGGCCAAUGACGAAUGUGAGGCGAUCAACGGUGCUAAUAACACGUUUGUAAUCAAAAAUGCUGGCAGAGCACCCACAGGAAGUUUUGCGUCGUCAGCAUCGUCGGCAACUUUCAAGGGUAAUCGUGAGUAUUCUGCAGCAGUUACAAUUGAGACUGGUAAUAAUGAAAGCAAUAAUGCGCCAAUGGAAGUUGAUGGAGAUGAAGUCGGUGAGGAGCAGGUAGCACAAGAAGCGGCUGUAAAUAUUGCACAAACACAUGUUGGUGUUUUCCGAGCAGUAGCUGGCCACAGCAAGUCUCAAACACAGAGCGUAACAUCUAGCCUAUCCGCUGCUGCUGCUAUUAAGGUGGAAAAUGCUGCAACAACAACGGCGGCGGCGUCGUCAUCAAAUGCCAAAGUCAAAACUGAGCGCUUGGAUUUGGAGGAGGAGAGCACCUCAAAUAUGAUGUCCGAGCUAUCGGAUGAAAACAAAUGUGAUGAGGAUGAGGUUGAACAUAACAAUUCGAAGGGCAGUAAAAUUGCCGCCUUUCUGCCGGAACGGCAACUUUGGGGUUGGCAGGGAAAAGCUUAUCGUAAGGCUGGUGUUAAGGGCAGAGCCCGCAAGCAAUUCUUUAAAACAAUCAAAAGGGGUAAAGAAACAAUAACAGUUGGGGAUUGUGCAGUAUUUUUAUCGACUGGUAGACCAGAUAGGCCAUAUAUUGGACGCAUUGAAUCCAUGUGGGAGACAACGUCUAGCAAUAAAGUAGUGCGUGUUCGAUGGUUUUAUCAUCCUGAAGAGACAACAGGCUGUCCAAACGUUAAAUAUCCGGGUGCUUUAUUUGAAUCACCACACGAGGACGAAAACGAUGUCCAGACAAUAUCACAUCGCUGUGAAGUAUUACCGUUUGAGCGUUAUUUCGCCAAAUUUGGCUCUGAUUCAAAGCAAUAUCAAUCUAUCUACGAUAACAACGAUACUUACUACUUGGCGGGCUAUUAUAAUCCGCGUAUUCAGUUGCUCAAUCUACAGGACGAGAUACCAACGCUUAAAGCAGAGGAGCGUCAGCAACACCAACAGCUUGAACUACAGGAACAGCAACAACUAAACGAAAUAAAUAUAAAUAAUAUAAACGCGGUUGUUGAUUAGUUUAAAAUGUGUAGGUAUAUAAUUGAGGCCAAUGGAAGCAGAUUUAAAUACUAAAAAAAUAUUUUUAAGUUAAAUGUUAAUAUACAAGUGAAAAUGUAUGUCAAUGUAUAUAUAAAAAAUGUAUGCAAAUGCA